AGUGCCUGGGCAGACCAGUUCCUGAGCACUUGUGUCCUGGUGCUCGCAGUUUUUGGCGGUCAGCAUCCUUGCAAGUUGGCCAGCCAGUGAGCAGCUGAUCAGAAUCCUCAUUUUCUUCCGGGUCAACCAGCUUCUGUGUGUCCCUGCAGGAGUCAACAUGCUUGUUUCCCUCCAUCAGCACCUUGACAGAUUCGCACGUCCCAAGCCUUCCCAGUUAGUGGUCACUGGUGUGGCUUCUGGAGAUCAGAGUGGCUCAGCUUGGACCUGGCUCCCUGCUGACUGCUAAUGGCCAUGGCACUUGGCAGAAUGGACAAGGCCUGUGUCCUGAAGCACAAAGUGCUGGAGAGCCCGCUGGGGAAGAUCGAGCUGUCUGGCUGUGACCAGGGCCUGCACCGGAUAAGACUCCUGAGCCUGAAGACCUCCACUGAGUCAUUACUGGACUUAGAGCAGCUGGACAGAUGGUCACAAAGCUACCUCAACAGAUGGAGAACCAAGCACGUGGCCCCACCCUUCUUGAGGGCCAAGAAGAAACCCUCUCUGGGAGGGAGGCAUGGAAUUCAGAGGAGCCCUGCGGAGGCCCCAGCAGCUCCUGAGGUUGUCAGCGGUCCAGAGGGAACAUCGGAGCCCCUGAUGCGAUGCGCAGCCUGGCUGGAUGCCUAUUUCCACAAGCCCUCAGCCAUCGAAGGGCUCCCUCUGCCUGCUCUGCACCAUCCCGUGUUCCAGAAAGACUCAUUCACCAGACAGGUGUUAUGGAAGCUGCUGAAGGUUGUGAAAUUCGGAGAAACGGUUUCUUACCAGCAAUUAGCAGCCCUGGCAGGCAACCCCAGAGCAGCCCGCGCUGUGGGAGGAGCCAUGAGAAGCAAUCCUGUCCCCAUCCUCAUCCCAUGUCACAGAGUGGUCUGCAGCGGUGGAGCCCUGGGCAACUACACAGGAGGACGAUCCGUGAAGGAGUGGCUGCUGGCCCACGAGGCUGCCCAGGCAGGGAAGCCAGAUUGCGGGGUGUCGAGUCAAGGCAGGACCUGGCUCGAGGCAGCUGCUGGCACCACUGGCUCCCAGGGUGCUGACCGAAACUGAGUGUGUGUAUUUGAAGUGAACAUUUGAGUGACACAUAAAUGUAAUGGUGCACCCGAAGCAGGAUGCGUGUGGCACCACUGUAUUAAGAGCUGGAUGUGUCCCGA